AUGGUGUUUUGUUUUGUGGUGGGUAAUAAGAUUGAGAACGCCUUUGAAGUUGAAGGCGACAGCAACAUAUCCGUUUCGGAAUUCAGACGUUUAAUCUACGAUCAGAAUAAGAACGAUUUUGAAAGCCAACGUAUUGAUGCCAACAAGUUGUCUCUAUGGAAGGUGGAUUUACCUUUAGGAGAUGAUAGACUGAAAAAACUUGAAAACAGAUCUCGUGAUAGAGAUAAAGAAAAUACUACUAUAAAAAAUGAACUCGAUGGUGAUAAUUUGUUACCAAAUGCAUAUCUUGGCGAAAUCUUCUCGGGUGGCUCCAAUAACGUCCGCAUAAUUGUCCAACCACCCCUGCCUGCCACUACUGGAAAAAGGAAAGCAGAAGAUUCAGACGAAGAUAUUGAGAACCAAGCCAUAAAGAAGAAACUAAUAGAGGCCCAAAAAAAAGAUAAGAUGAUGAUCAAACACCUUAUCGAUGUCUUAUCUUCUAUUGACACAAAUCAACAAGUGUUCCAUGUACCACCAUUGCCAGGAGAAGUCAGUACAAUGGAGAUAUAUAAUCGGGGAUGCUACGACUAUUUUCGUAAAUUUAUACUCAAUAAUAAAUCCCACAAUCGGUUUUUAAUCACCGGAAAUCCGGGCAUCGGCAAGACAUAUUUUGGGAGAUUAAUGUUAGUUGAGCUUCUUCAAAGUAAAAAACCAGUUCUUAUCGACUGUAAAGAUUGCACGCUAUAUAUUGACCCUCAAGGUGUAUCUUUCAAAGUGAAUAGUGAGGAGUACAAACUUCUUGCAAAAAAUGAGACUUGGUGCAUAAUUGAUGGAAAAAAGCCCCAAGUAAGUCAUGAUUGGACUGAAGGGAAGUUUAUAAUGGUAUCUUCGUCUAAAAGAGAGAUCAUUGCUGAUUUUGACAAACCAAGGUGUGAAACACUAUAUAUGCCAACUUGGAAUGAGGAUGAGUUACUUAAAUGUUGGGAUAAUCUAUAUGUAAACAAAAUUACUAAAGAAGAAAUCAAAACAAAGUUUGACUUAUGUGGUGGGAUCCCAAGAUGGAUUUUUGAUAGUAAGAUGAGCUGUGAAAAAAUUCGUAAUAUGAUUGUUUCUGCAUCUGCAUCUCAAUCAAUUGAUUCAUGUAUUAUAGAUUCUCAAGCCAAACUCUUCUUUGGUCAUGAAUUUUCUCACAAGAUAAUUCAAAUACACACCAAUCUCGAGGACACGGAAAAUCCAUAUACUGAUUCUAUCUGCCUUUUCGCAUCAAAAUUUGCGGGAAAUAAAUGUUUAGAUCAAUUAAAAAAACAUAAAAAGGAGGAAUUUCGCACUUUCAUUGAGAGUGCAAGGAAUAUGAAGGAAAUGUCCGCUCUUCAUGAACAGCUAUUCGAAUUGAUUUCACAUGAAAUUCUUCGUCGGGGAGGAAAAUUUUCAGUACGCAAACUAACUACUAAGGGUACGGAACCUGAAUCUAUUGAUGAGAUUAAAGAUGAUAUACAGAAAAUACAAAAAAAUUAUUAUCGGCCAAAUUCUGAUACGUUCGAAAGUAUUGAUAGUUAUGUUUAUCCAAAUAAGAUGUUUCAAGUUACUGUUUCUAGAAGACAUGGUGUCAAACAAGAUGGGCUAAGAGCAAUCAAGAAAGUUUUAGAUGAAGAUUCUGAUAUUAACAUUUACUUUGUUUUGCCAAAGGAUAUAUUCGAAAAUUUUAAACAAAACAGUCUUAUGAGAAUAAGGGGGACAACAAGAGAUUUGACGCUUGGAUUAAUAAUAUAG